AUGCCGCGCGCCCACCACCACCCGCAACCACGCCGCGGUCGCCUCCUCCAGCUCGCCGCGGCGGCGUCCGGGCUCCUGCUCCUCGCGCUGCUCGUCCUCCUCCCGGCCGCGCCGCCCGAGGAGCACACCACCGCGCCCGCCUCGCUCCUCCGCGCGGCCAUCGCGGCGCACCCGUUGCCGGCCUCCUACGCCCGGCCCUGCGCCGACCACCUCGCCCUCUCGCUGCACCGCCUCCGCGCCGCGCUGUCAUCCUUGGAGUCCGGCGACGUCCCCGCCGCGCUCCACCUCGCCUCCGCCUCGCUCCAGUGCCAGUACGACUGCUCCCACCUCCUCUCGCUCCCGGCCUUCCGCUCCCACCCCCUCACGUCCCGCUUCCUCGAUUCCCUUGCCCCACAAACCCUAAAUGCUGCCCUGAAACCUCCCUCUUCCGCCCCUGCCGCUGCAUUCCCUGCGAGGAUCCACCCUGACGCCACAGUGUGCAAACCGAAUUCCGGAGUGGAGCCGUGUGGCUACUCGACCGUGCAAGCCGCUGUGGACGCAGCUCCAAACUACACCGCCGGGCACUUUGUCAUCGUGGUUGCCGCAGGUACAUACAAGGAAAAUGUCGUGAUUCCGUAUGAGAAGACCAACAUUUAUGCUGAUGGGGGAGGCGCUGGAGAAUGUAGAGUUCCGUGGGCAUCAGGAUACCCUGUACACAAUGCGGCAGUUCUACCACAGGUGCCUUAUUAUAGGGAAUUAGGGACAGUGGAUUUUAUAUUUGGGAAUGCCGCAGCGGUGUUUGAGGAAUGUGUGAUUAAGACUGUACCAUGGUCCGAGGGAGAUCAGAAGCGCGCACGAAAUGUGGUGGCGGCUAGUGGGAGGAUCGAUCCGGGGCAGACGACAGGGUUUGUGUUUGUGAAUUGCACUGUGGAUGGGAACAAAGAGUUUGUGGAAUUGUUUCGGACAAAGCCACAGUCAUACAGGCUGUAUUUGGGGCGGCCAUGGAAGGAGUAUGCCAGGACAUUGUAUGUCAGCUGUUAUUUGGGGAAAGUUGUCAGGCCGGAGGGGUGGCUUCCAUGGCGAGGUGAUUUGCUCUCAAGACACUCUAUUAUGGAGAAUUUGACAGUCGAGGCCCUGGUGCAAACCACACAGCAAGGGUUGAGUGGAGCAGUCAGACACCAGAACAGCAUGUGA